AUGCCUCUUGACUCAAGCCAACUCUUCUGCGCCUUGCUCAUCUCUAUCAUGUUUUCACUUUUAAUCAAGUCUAUUGUAUUUCCGGAGAAACGAAAACGAUUGGAAAAGACGGCGGCGGAGAGCCGAAAGAAUGUGACAAAUGUGCGGAGAGGUUCUGUGGUGAAACGGAAAUCCUCCGACACUUUGAAAACUCUGCUCGAAUUGCAUGAUGUUAUGGAGCUCCGCAAUUUGUCGAUAGUCGAUUUACAAACGUUUAAUGGUCAAUUCUCAAAGUUAACCGAUCGAUAUUGGCGAGAGAUUUUUAGAAGGCAAAACGACGCCCAUCAUCCAGACCAUAUCAAUGUGUCGCGUCUUCAUACUCCCAAUAUCAUCACAGUUCUUGAUGAGCACUUACCGCAGGGAGCAAUCCAGGAGUUGACGAUAACUGGUCUCGUCCCGAAACCGUUCUCCUCUCGUCGUUGCGAAGUGAUGCGCUAUUUGAGGGAGAGGCUGUCGAGUUCUCCGAAUGUGGAGUUAACAUUUCAAGGGGAUCAAUUAAGAAUCACUAAUCCGGCGUUAAAUGGUGAUGGUUAUUCAUCUAAAGAAACCAAUGAAUAA